AUGAACACCUCGUCUACUCGACUCCUAAAGACACUUGCAGGCACGAUUGAGAAGCUCCAGAAAACUGUCGCCGAGAACUCCGACAACGCCGACAGUGCUUUGAUUGUGACAAGGAUGCAUCGAGAGAUGCUGUCCGAGCUGCAGUCUCAGCUUAACGAUCUUGAGAAGUCUCACUCUUCGAUGAAGAGAACGGGGGAUGACCACAAGCGAGAGAUAGCUACUAUCAGACAGAAGAUCGAUGCCGUGACUGCAAGCGGGUGCUGUCUCACGUCGGAAGACCUGGACGACACCAUCUUCAUGUUACUGACACCUAUCAAGGAGCUUGAAUCUCAGUAUUCCAUUGCCUAUGGAGAUUGGAAGAAGACCAACGAUAGAGAAGAGACGCACGCAAAAGAUCUACUUGAGCGUGCCCAAGCACUUCUUAUGCAUGCGAAGGAAGCGGUGAAUCUGGAAGGGAUAGUGCGGGCAGCAGUUCAAAACGAGCUCAAACAGCGCCACCGAGAAGAGAUCGCGGCAAGUCUGCUUGAAGAUGGUAUUCUAGUCUGGGCAUCGCGCACAAACCAGUUUGCCAUACUUAUGACCGAAUGCUUGAUGCAGAUAGACGGCCAUCAGCUGACGAUCGCACCUACUCAACUGUGCUUCGAUACGCACUCUGUGCGCAGCCUUCACCAAAAGUAUCGCCUAGACCACACUAGCAUCGACAUCGAAAAACAUGAGGUUACGAUCGAUCUGCGGGAUGUGGAGGAGUUGAAAAGCACGAAACGCCGAGCGAAUAUUCCUGGGACUUUUGACGAGAAGAGCCCACACUGGGAACCGCCCAAGUAUCAUCAGUGCGUCAAUAUUCGUACACGCCAAGGCGAGGAGUAUUUCUUGGCUGAUAGGAGGAACGAGGCACGGGACAAGACGUGGGGCAGGCUCCAGGGUGCCCCAGAUGGCUCACCGAGCUUGCUGUGUCAGAAGUUGACGGAGAUUUGGGAGAAGCUCAAGAGGGGCGAGUCAUAG